AUGAACAACAACAUGAACAACAACGAAAACAUUGGCCACAACAACAACGCCCACGCAAUUAAUUGCAGAAACAAAAUAAUCCGCGACAGCAUCUUCGGCUUCCUCAUCAAACUCCUCGCAAUCCAACUCUUCGUUUUACUUCUCAUCAGCAACACUGCAAGCGCCGAAAUCAAAGAUAUUCAAAUGUUGUGGUAUUUAAAAACUGUAGGAAUAGCAUAUUGCUAUGACCCCCGUGUAACUGCGGAUCAGCCAGAGAAACAGGGGCCAGAUGUCGAUGAGACGACAUCACCACCAUUAGUGAGCUUUGAUCAGACAAAAACCGCAGCAGUCCUAUUGAAAGUAGGUCAAACCCUGACAUUGACCUGUCUGUCUCAAGGUCACAGCAACAACAUCAACAACAUCUCCUGGUACCACAACGGCACUUUGCUAAAACCGGAAAUCGAUUCCGGUUACGCAGUGACGUCACUGGGGGAUUACAAAUCCGGUCGUGGUGUAUCCAUGUUGAGUAUCAUCGAGGUGGAUUUGAAAGAAUCUGGACUGUAUCGUUGUUCCAGAGUCGAUCAAAAUGAUGGUGAGGAAGACGACGACGACGAUGAUGAUGACGACGAGGAUGAUUAUGAUAAUAAUAGUCUUCAUGAUGAUAAAGAUGGUGAUAAUGGUGAUGAAUAUAGAAAGAAGAGAUUUGAAGAUUAUGAUGAAGUCGUUGUGGUGGUUUUUGAAGGGGGAAAUGAUGAAGUACAUAUAGAUGCAAAAGCACCAAACAUCUGGUCGCAGGCCGGCGAAGUCGUACAACUAACCUGCAAUGUUGACACAGGCAAAACCGGAAAUGGAAAUUUUAAUAAAGUCACGUGGUACAAAAACAAUAAAGUUCUCAAUGGUGGGAAUGGUAGUGGUAGUAGUAGCAAUAAAAGCAUCAACGGUAAUGAUGAUCAUCGUGAUGAUAUAGAGUUUGAAAGUUACAAAAAAGAUAAAAUUAAAUAUGAAAAUAAACAAAAAACCCAACAACAACAAAAGCAAAGGCAAAAACAACAAAAACUAUACAACAACAACAAUAGCAGCAGCAACAACAACAACAACAGCUACAUCGGCAGCAACAACAAAAACGACAACAACCGUUACAAAAUCAGAUGGAAGCGUAACUCUCACGAAAGAAGGAUCAAACAAAUACGGCACAAACAACAACAAAAACAGCACAAACAACAGCAGCAAGAUCAACAACAACAGCAGCAGCAGCAGCAACAACAACUGCAACAACAACAGCAACAACAACAGCAACAACAACAGCAGCAGCAACAACAACAACAGUUUGAAAACUACAUAAUACAAACAUCAGCAACAUCAUCCAGGCUACUAAUCAGCACCUCUUCAACAUCAGAUGCAGGCACGUACAGCUGUGCUCUCUUCACGCACAGCAUCAACAAACAUGCAAUAGAUCACGUACAACUAAUUGUAAUCAGUGUCGGUGAUGAUUAUGAUGACGAAGUCGAUUAUAGUAAUGAUACCGAUGAUGAUGAUGACGAUGAUGAUGGUGGUGGUAGUGAUGAUAGUGAUGACAAACAGAAGGAAGUAACAAAUGGCCAAUUAGACCCAACAUUCUCCCAUGGGCAGCAGAAUCAACAACGAAGGAUACAACACAAACAACUACAAAAACACAACCAGCAACAACUAAAACAACACAACAAGCCACAACUACAACCGAACCAACAACAGGAACAACGGCAGCCACAACAAAACAAACAACAGCCACAAAAACUACUCAAUAAUCAUAAGCAGCAACAACUGCAUCACCAGCAGGGUCGCCAACGACAACACUAUCACAAAACAACGAUGUUUGUUAAAAUUGGCUCCACUAUAAAUCUUGAGGCCUAUUUUCCAACACAAAACUCAGAAUCCCAACAACAGCAACAACAUCAACUGCAACAAAAAAUGCAACAAAAUCAUCAUCAUAAUAAUCAAAGCGAUCGUCAAUACAAUGAAAAACGAAAAUCAACGAAACACGUUGAAGUCAAAUGGUUUGUAAACAACAAUCGAUUAAAAAAUGAGAAUAAUAAUAUCAACAACAACAAUAACAACAUUAUCAGCAACCCAAACAACAACAUCAGCAACAACACGGAUAACAGAAAUAACAAGACGAAUAAUAUUAAAUUUUUUAUUGAAACACACGCUUAUUUUAGUCGAUUGAAUGUAUUCAAUAUAGUGAGAGAAGACCUCACAAGCUACAAAUGCGCACUGUACGUAAGAAAUAAUAACAGGGAUGAUAAUCAUCAAAAUGAUGAUGAGGAGGAAGAAGCUGAUGAAGAUGACGGACGUGAUGGUGAUGAUUAUGGUGGAGAGAUGUACGAAUAUAUCUUUGUGCUCAAAGGAUAUAUCUGUCCAGCUCUCCCACCAUCUGACGAACGAGAUUGCUCGUGGGUUGAUUGCAAUAAAAGUUAUAAAUACUAUUUUGGACAUUAUCUCAAGAUUUUGAAGAGGAAUCACGUAACCCGAUCAACUUUUCACAAGAGUUACAGCAUUCAGAACGGUCUAAGCAACAACAACAACAACAACAACAACCUUCAGUACUACAACCCUCACAACGCAAACAACAACAACAACAACAACUGCAACAUCAGCUGCAGCCCAAACAGCAAGCAUAUCAAAUGA